AUGCAAGAAAAUAUUUCUAAACCUUUAGUUAUUAUUACCGGUGCUUCUACUGGUUUUGGAUUGGAAACUGCAAAGUUAUUUAAUUCAAAAGGUUAUCCAAUGUUAUUAAUUUCAAGAAAUAUUGAAACUAUUUAUUUAAAGAAUAAUAUUUCAUUCUCAAACAGUAUUGUUAAAAAUGUAGACAUUUCCAAUUUUACUGAUGUCCAGAAUGCAAUUUCCCAAGCUGAAUCUAUCUAUGGAAAAGCCGAUUUAUUAGUUAUAAUGUUAGGAAAUAUUUAUUCUCAACCAAUUGAAGAAUGGCAAACAAUGAUAAAUACCAAUAUAACUGGUACUAUGAAUUGUACAAAUGCAGUCUUAAAAAAUAUGACUGAAAGAAAACAUGGAACCAUUAUUAAUGUUUCAUCUAUUUGUGGAAGAUCCGGAGCUCCACAACACUCAAUCUAUUCAGCAUCAAAAACAUUUAUAGAUAUGGUGACAGAACAAGUUAGACAAGAAGUUGCUAAAAGUAAUGUUAGAGUAAUGUUACUAGCUCCUGGUAUUUCAGAAACCAAUCUUUUAGAUAGUUCCCAGGAUAUGGAGGCUGUAAACAAUUUAACAAAUUGGCGUGAAAGUCUAGGAGACAAAGUAUUACUACCAAUUGAUAUAGCACAAUCUAUCAUGUACAUGUAUCAACUUCCUCAAAGUUUAACUAUUAGAGAAUUUGUAAUUGCAUCAACAAGCCAAGAUAAAUAA